ACCACUACCCUCGGUAGUUGGGCCUGGAUUCCCUUCAUCGCGGUUAACCCACCCACGACACGAGCUUACGAGAUUCGUCCUUCCAUCAAAAUAAGCUCCAAGACCCGCCGGGACUACUAUAUCGAGAUAGGUUGGUGUCACCAGCAGUCCGACUCUGUCAUAAAGAAGAUGCAACGCCUCAUAGAAGGCUCAUCACUCUAAGUCAAGAACCCGAUCGUCCCCAGCUUGGUCGUCCCCAGCUUGGUCGUCCCCCCAUUGCUCAUUCGCCUUGAAUUCCACCUUCGAUCUAUCAUUCAUCAUGGCCGUGCUCCCUCAGCUUGAAGGCUCAACAUUCGACGCCGAUCUCCGCGACCGCCACAUUAUCUACGACUAUGUAGCACACGAUGGCAACGGUAACCCAGAGAAAUGGCGCUAUGAGAUCUGGUUCUUCAAGGAAGACCGGGUGGUCUACGCCAUUCACGGCGGGCCGAUGGCCGGCCGCAAGAACUUCCAGGCAGCGACAUACCAGCGCAUUCGCCCCGGCGAGUUAUGGCAGAUCAACUGGCUGCGCAUGGUGACAAGCGCAACUUGGAGGACUUUGCCCGCUGGCGCGAGUUGGCAAGAAUUGGAUCGUUGCAGGCGGACCGAGUGCUAUUGAGUGAGCAGGCUGUCAUCCUGCAGGAUUUCCACGGAGCGGAGGAGCUCGAGCCGAUCGAUCCGUCCUGGCCAACGCUGGACGUGGCUGGACGUGGCGGUUAGUGGCGGUUAGUGGCUGGAUCUAUGCAUGCAUACACAAUACACAAUGCUGUCCAGUCUGAUCCCGUACAGCCG